UUGUUUCCCUCUCCAAUUAAACAUGAGUUUAUAGUUUGACUCCUCCUCUACAACUUCAAUGCAGCAAUGAUGAGACACACCCUGAGUCACAUGAGAGGAGACAGAGUUCAGCAGAGGAGGCGUGACAGAGCUCCUCCCUCACUGACUCACUGAGACAAACCAGGAAACAGUUUGUUCCUCUUCCUCACUGCAGAAAGACAGACGGACUGAAAAACAGACGAUCACAUUCACCUUCAGACCAAACUAACAAUUUCCUCUGAGUUCAGCUACAGGAGAGAAAAGUGGAAACUGCAACACUGCUGCUUCAACCUGCGGACCCUCCCCACGCUGAAGCUUCACUCAGAGACAACAUGGCUUCCAGGUUAGAGGAAGAUCUCUGCUGUCCGGUCUGUCAGGACGUCUUUAGAGAUCCUGUUGUUCUGUCCUGUAGCCACAGCUUCUGUAAAGCCUGUCUGCAGACCUGGUGGACGGGGAAAGAAGCAAAGGAGUGUCCAGUCUGUAAGAGAAGAUCUUCAAAAGUUGAACCCCCCUGUAACCUGGCUUUAAAGAACCUGUGUGAGACCUUCUUACUGGAGAGAGGUCAGAGACCUUCAGAGGCUCUCUGCAGUCUGCACUCUGAGAGACUCAGACUCUUCUGUCUGGACCAUCUGCAGCCAGUGUGUCUCGUCUGCAGAGACUCAAGAACACACACCAACCACAGAUUCAGACCCAUGGAUGAAGCUGCUCAGGAUCUCAAGAAGGAGCUCCAGAAAGCUCUGCAGCCCUUUCAGGAGAAACUGAAGCUCUUUGAAGAAGUUAAAGUGAAGUUUGAUCAAACAGCAGGACACAUGAAGGUCCAGGCUCAACACACAGAGACGCAGAUUAAGGAGCAGUUCAAGAAGCUUCACCAGUUUCUAGAAGAGGAAGAGGAGGCCAGGAUGGCUGCACUGAGGGAGGAAGAGGAGCAGAAGAGGAGGGUGAUGGAGGAGGAGAUGGAGGCUGUGAGCAGAGAGAUAGCAGCUCUUUCACACACAGUCAGAGCCACAGAGGAGGAGCUGAGAGCUCAAGACGUCUCCUUCCUGCACAACUACAAGGCUGCAGUGGAGAGGCUGCAGCGCCCCCUGCUGGAGGCUCCACAGCUGCCCUCAGGAGCUCUGAUAGACCAGGCCAAACACCUGGGCAACCUCAGCUCCAACAUCUGGAGCAAGAUGAAGGACAUGGUGUCCUACUCUCCUCUCAUCCUUGACCCAAACACUGCUCAUCUAGAACUCAUCCUGUCUGAAGAUCUGACCAGUGUGAGACGAGGAGAGAGACAGAAACUUCCUGAUAAUCCAGAGAGGUUUCAUCAUAACCUCUCUGUCCUGGGCUCUGAGGGCUUUAACUCUGGGACUCACAGCUGGGAUAUCCAGGUUACAGACAGUACACACUGGUUACUGGGUGUGUCAGCAGAGUCUGUCCCGAGGAAGGGAAUCAUACGGUCUGGAUUAUGGAUGAUAGGUUUCUAUAAAGGUAAAUACUAUGCAUGGUCGCCAUCAGAACCAGACACUCCUCUCAGCCUGAAGGACCUCCAGAGGGUCAGAGUGAAUCUGGACUGGAACAGAGGAGCGUUGUCGUUCUCUGAUCCUGACACUAACACACUCAUACACACCUUCACACACAAUUUCACUGAGAGGAUGUUUCCAUACAUUAACACUGUGGAGGAAGUGAAGAUAUUACCACUGAAGGUGUGUGUGACAGUGGAUCAGAGCAGGUAGAGAUAAACAGGAUCAUUAUAUAUUUGAUGUUUAUCUCUUAAAGGGAUAAUUCACUGACCUCUGCAGCACCUCCGCCUGCUCAUUCCAACACCGUGUUUAACAGCUCACUCAGACAACCAGUGAACUCUGCAAACACA